CCACCCCCAAUUCUGCUCUACUCUAGCAACCAUCGCCGCCUUAUCUCUAGUCACUCACCACCACCGGCGGUCCCACCUGCCCCUUCAACUUCAGUGCUUAGUUUUCUUAAGAGAACAAUUCACCACUACUGCCUACUGCUAUCUGUCUUCCUUGCACCAAAUUUUACUCAAAUACAGCAUGGCCCAACAUUCUCAGCCCAACUUCAUCAGUUGCUAAGUAAAAUCCAGAAUAAAAAAUUACUACAAAUUUUCACCCAAUAUUUUCUCACUCUCCGCCCUUCUCUCUCACCCUCGCUAGCCAUCGUCCGGACCGCCCCGGCCUCCGCCUGGCGCCUCCAUCCGGCCUUCACAGCAGGACAAAUUUCCGUAUGCUUCAAUAAUUAAUCGAAUGGAAGCUUCUAACCCAGAUAUAGCCUUGCCACUAGAUAAAUUAUCCUUGAAAUAUAUCAAGAAAGAUGGUUUAUCAAGUUCUGAUGGCAAGGGAAAGAUUUUUGUAGUUUUGGUCUCAACUGGAAGUUUCAAUCCUCCUACAUACAUGCACUUGCGUUGUUUCGAGUUGGCUAGAGAUGCUGUAAAUUCUCAAGGGUUUUGUGUCAUUGGAGGUUACAUGUCACCUGUAAACGAUUCUUACAAGAAGAAGGGUCUUAUCCAUGCAAAGCAUCGUAUUGCUAUGUGUAAUCUUGCUUGCACAAGCUCAGAUUUUGUUAUGGUGGAUCCGUGGGAGGCAAGUCAGAGCACCUACCAACGCACAUUGACAAUUUUAUCUAGAGUCAGGUCUUCACUAUGUGAGAGUGGAAUUGUAUCCAGUGAGUCACUUAAAGUCUUGCUCGUAUGUGGUUCUGAUCUCUUAGAAUCAUUUGGUAUUCCUGGAUUCUGGAUCCGCGAGCAGGUGAAGAGUAUUUGUAGGGAGUUUGGAUUGGUUUGUAUAAGGAGAGGGGGCCAAGAUGUUGAGCAUAUCAUAUCUAAGGAUGAUAUUUUGAAUGAACACAAGAAUAAUAUCACGAUUGUGGAUGAAGUCGUUCCCAAUGGGAUCAGUUCGACUGGAUUAAGGGACUGCAUUUCGAGAGGAUUAUCAGUCAAGUAUUUGACAGCAGAUGAAGUUAUUCAGUAUAUCAAACACAACGGGUUAUACGUUAAACACAACCAAGACGACGCAACUGAUGAAUAAAAGCACUACUUUUCGAGACUGGAUAAGAACUGCGUGGUUGAAGCUGACUUCAUCUCAUCUCUUGAAUAAUUAGGGUUUUGUAGAAAUAUGUAAUUUUGUGCAACGCAGUUUUGUUUCUCUACCAUAUUUUUGUCUGAUUAUUUUUUCCUUGAAUGUGUAUAUUAGUGUAUAUAUAUUCAUGAAGAUGAUCAUGUUCUGAUGCACCUGAAUUUAGCCAAAUUUCGAAAAUUAGUUAAUAUGAACUCUGUCAAAUUAGAUGCAAACAAAAAAAAGUUACUUAAAAUAAUAUUUUCUGCAUUGGUAUUGCCGUACUGGUAAGCUUGAGCUCUAUUUCUAUGGCAGAAAAAUUAUUCGGUAUUAAAAGUGAUAAACGGAUUUGCUGAGCUGCUUCUCUUUCAGAACCUAGAUGAGCAGUCAAUACCCGGCCCCAAUAAGCCCGACCCGUACCCGAAUAGGAUGGAUAGGCAUCGGCGUAAUGGGCGGAGCCAUGGCGUCGCGCCUCAUCUCCGCCGGCUACUCCGUCACUGUCUACGCCCGCAGCCCCUCCAAAGCCGCCUCCAUCCUCUCCCUCGGCGCAAAACUGGCUGAUUCCCCGGCUGACCUCGCCGCCGCCUGCGACGUCGUUUUCACGAUGAUCGGCCACCCCUCCGACGUCAAAUCCCUAGUUCUCGAGACUCUUCUCCCCUCCCUAAACCCCAACACCGUCAUCGUCGACCACACCAGCAGCCAUCCCGCCCUAGCCAAGCAGAUCUACCGCUCCGCGCUCGACAAACGCUGCUACUCCGUCGAUGCCCCGGUCUCCGGCGGCGACGUGGGCGCCGCUCUCGGCAAAUUAGCGAUCUUCGCCGGCGGAGACGCGGAGGUAGUGGAGUGGCUGAGGCCGUUGUUGGACGUGUUGGGGAAGGCGAGCUACAUGGGGGAUGCUGGGAAGGGGCAGAGCUGUAAGAUCGCGAAUCAAAUCGUUGUUGGUGGAAACUUGGUGGGGCUGAGUGAGGGUUUGUUGUUCGCGGAGAAGAGCGGAUUGGAUAAGGAUGAGUUUGUGGAGGCGGUGAAGGGCGGGGCGGCGGGGUCUAUGGUGAUGGAGUUGUUCGGGAAGAGGAUGAUCACGAGGGAUUUUAGGGCCGGGGGAUUCGCAGAGUAUAUGGUGAAGGAUUUGGGGAUGGGGUUGGAUGAUGAGGUGGUGGUGCCCGGAGCCGCCUUGUCGAAGCAGCUGUUUUCGGGCAUGGUGGCGAACGGGGACGGGAAGAUGGGGACGCAGGGGGUUGUAACGGUGAUAGAGAGAAUCAACGGCAUGGGAAUGGGAGCUUGAUCAAUUGUUUCAAGGUCAGUGAUUGUUGUUUUGAAAUGGGACUCAAUUUGAUGCUCAUUUUUUUUUGGUGUUGCCCAAUUUCAUGUAUUUUGAUUGCUUUCCCAUUUAAUUUGAAUAUGGAACUUUUUGUAUGAUUAGUUUGUAAGUGAUAUUUUGUAACUUGUUUGCAUCAAUUUUCUUCGUUCUCUUAAUCA